CGAAUCUUACAUAUCUGAGAGCAGAGUGUCCCAGCUAGGGUCAAGAGGUGACUUAUCAAAGAUUUAUAAGAUCAACUUAUAAUGCAAUUUACUCAGUCAGUUCUGUGCAGUCUUUCGAAAACGUUACAAUUUGAUAAGAAUGGCUGCCAAAAUAAUUCCUCAUUCUCAAGCACCUUCGCUUCUGGAUCCUUCAGACAAACUUCGUCCAGAGCCAAUUUACGCUGGAAAAUUGAAAAAUGAAUUCAGAAAUUACGAUGAAGAUGCUGACGAUCCAAUUAAGGAACGUGUGCGAAAAACGUAUUUACACAUGCAUACGUAUCAAACUGUCGAUUUUGUUCGUUCUCGAAUGUUCGAAUGGCUAAAAUUUAAUAAAUUCAAGAUGUCCAUAAAAGACGCUCUAAUCAAAUUAAACGAUUUGGUUGACGAAAGUGAUCCUGACAUUGACUUACCAAAUAUUAUUCACGCUUUUCAAACGGCAGAAGGUAUAAGAGAGGUACAUCCAGAUUUAGAUUGGUUUCAUCUCACAGGACUGAUUCAUGAUGUUGGCAAGGUCAUGGCCUUUUACGGAGAACCGCAAUGGGCCGUUGUAGGCGAUACAUUUCCGGUUGGAUGUGCUUGGGGUAACUCAAUUGUUUACAGAGAAACAAGCUUCGAGGAUAAUCCAGACGGAAAGGACAGUCGCUAUAACACAAAGUAUGGAAUUUACAAACCUAAAUGCGGACUCGACAAACUGCUGAUGUCCUGGGGUCACGACGAAUAUUUGUAUCAAGUAAUGAAGCACAAUAAGUGUAAAAUUCCCGACGAAGGUUUGGCGAUGAUUCGCUAUCAUUCAUUUUAUCCAUGGCACGCAGGAGGUGAUUAUAUGCAUUUCUGCACAUCUUCUGACUUGGAAAAACUGAAAUGGAUUUUAGAAUUCAACAAAUUCGAUUUAUACACGAAGAACGAGAACGUACCUGACAUUGAGGAAUUAUGGCCUUAUUAUGAAAGUCUAAUUAAUAAAUAUAUGCCCGGAGUCUUGGAAUGGUGAAAAAUUUGGAACUGUACUGAAAACUAAUUUUUAUUUUCGUUUUAAAAAUAAAAGAAG